GUGAGGUCAUCACAUCGUCACGACACUUUGAUUUCCGCGGUCAGCCCACCGUCGAGUACUCGUACGGCGUAGCUCUUUUUACCUCAACAUACUCCUUCUCACGCAAUAGGCUGGUUCCUUGUACGAUACACAACUGGCGGCGCAUGGCCGGGCCGCAAAUGCACGGCCCGGUCUCUCCAUCGCAACCCCCUGGAAAGGAGCGCGCGUCUUGCGUGUACUACCUGGUAACCGUACGUAUACGAAACCUCAACGACAGCAAUGCAGCGUAUCCCGUCGUCUCACCAGCGGAGACUAUCAUCAUCGUGUUGCCGAGUACCCAACAGAAGAUUGAUCCGAGCAGAAAGCAAGAAGCGAUAAGCGUUGAUGUCUUGGCCAUGCCGCCGAACGCUUCUAUCUUGCCUACUUCCUUCCAGGCAUGGACAUUUGGACAAUUGACCGGCUUGAUGUCGAGUUUCAUCAUGCCUCUUCCUGGAAACCCCCAAUAUAAGUGCCUUCCCCCUGCUCUCUUCCUCGGAACAUCCACCAUCCGAGAUCUCGUGGCUACUGGUAUAAAGACCGCCAUCCGCAGGCUCAACUUUUUACCCAAGUCACUUUCUUUCGACUUCACCCCUAUCGCAUUUCUCUAAUCUACAGCUCUGGUAGCUUUAUUCUCGCAUAUUUGUUCCCUCUGGCAGGCUUCAUUCAACACUCUCCUUACGCCCUCUACAAGACCAUAUAACUCUUCAAAGUUUAUCAUUUCGACAAUGUACUUCCCAGCCGCCGCCGCUUCUCUCUUCAGCCUCCUCCUCCUCCCCACCACUCUGGGUAUGGCGAUCGACCCCCACAACGUCCAUGCCAGGGACCUCGAAGGGAGGGCAGAGUUGACUGUCCAGCCGCAAUGCAAUGGCGGGUCUCUGAGUGCGCACGAUUGCAACGUCGCACUUCUCUCCCUGGGCGGAGGUAUCCAAGGUGCUAUUCAAUUCCUCCGAGUGGAUGCUACUACCAACUCCUCCUCCAGUAACGGCUGUACCAUGACCGUGACCGCCGUUGAUGGUGGGACUGCCAUCGAUAUAAGCAAGGGCAGGUUGGAGCAAGCGCAGAAGGCUGCUAUUGACAUGUGCGGCCAGCAGGCGUGGACGGUGACUGCUACUGGAGGCAGUACGGGCGGUAAUCUCAAGAUUGAGCAAUCGGCAGACGCGGGUAGUAAUACUACCGUGGCUGCAGCUGUUUCAGGCUGUUCUUCGUGAUAUCGUCCAGAGGUGGAUUGUUGUACUUUUGGCAUAGCGUGAAACAUGCACUGUGCGAUGAUA